AUGGAAGAAGGAGAAAGGGCGCAACAAGAAGGUACCACUGCCUCCAGUUACACUCCCGCUACUUCCAGUUCAACCUCCAAUGGAAAGCCGCCAGGGCGAGUAGAGAAAGUAACAUCACCAACAGAGCGUUUGAAUUCAAGUGGUGGAGAUGGAUUUGCAGGCAUUGCUGCCAAGAUGUUGAGUGCAAAGGUUAAAGUGAAAGGUAAUGUGAAAGCUGGCAAGUCUGAGCCCAGAAACAACAAACAGAAUGGAUGUGAUGAUGAUCUGCCAUUGGGGAGUGAAGCUCACAGCCUCAGUCUGGAGCCUGCCACAGAUUACAACAGCAAAUAUCCAGUCACUGACGAUGAAAGAUCAGCAUGGUCGAAAGCGAUCUCCCAAAACAUCAUGGGCUGGCAGAGUUUCAGUUCAGACGUGUCCAAUCAUACAUCAGCGUCAAGUGCCAGCCUGGAGCAACUCUUGAAUGACAGACAGGUUGAUCCUGAGGAAAUGCUGCUGAACUUGGGCUUUGGCGGAGAGUCCCGACAUAUGAUGCCAAUUUUGGCACGGGUGCCAGACCGGUUUCUUAACCAUCCAUCCCGAGCAUAUGGCAUUGCUCCACCCAGCCUGAGUGAUGACUUGCCAGAGGAGGUGACCACAGACAGCACAGAUGGAGCGCUGCCUGGGCCAGACAAAGCCCCGGUAUCAGCACCAACAGCAACCAUCGCAUCGCAGCCAAAACGACGCACAGGAAUCUGGACUCUUGCCCGAACACUGUCCCUUCUUCGACUGAAAUCACCCCCCACCAGAGGACACAUCAGUCCCUCUUCAAACUGCAACGGAGCGCAACCACAUCCUGGUCAUCCAAUCAGCAUUCUUCAUCCAGCUAAUCAGAAAUAUCUGGCUAGUAGAGGUUUCUAUGAGAAGCAGGGUUGGCCUAAAGGUAGUUUUGCUGAACCAGAGGAAGACAUCAGUAUUACAGCUAGAGGGAAGCUGGAAGCCAACAACAACAGUGCUGAAUCUAGGAGAAAGAUAUUUCAGAAAACCAAAUCACGCCAUAACUGGAGCAUGUGUGAUUCUGAUGAAAACCCAUUUUCACCAGGUGGAGAGUGGGUAACUAAAUCAGUUGAUGAUUCUAGAAGCCCUGGAGACAAUACUGGGCAGGAUGAUUCCCUAGGUCAUGGGACUUACUUCAGUACCACCGAGUCGUCCACCGACAGUUUGGAUACUCCCAACCUAGAAACUGAGCGGGCAUUUGAGAAUAUUCGGCGGGAAUUUCACGAGAGCAGGCGGAGGGAAUAUUCAUCUUCUGAUGAUCUGUUUAUGCCAAUGAGAAGAAAACGUAUAUCUAGUGAGGUCACUGACAUUAAUGAGAACAUGCUUGCCGAUCAAGAACUUCACUUACUGAACACCCAAGGAAGCAGCACCAAUUACUUUGUGUCUCCAGCCAGUUCCAGACAGACCACUGUAGAAAAGGCACCAACGAUCGCCGAUCACAGCUUUAGUGUCAGCUUCCUUGACGAUGCGGAUAAUGAUAGCCAAUCACAUCUUCAGGAACACAGUAAAGCCUCAAGCCUAGCCAAUAAAAGUGUCCAUGUCGGGCAUAUGCAUGGGGAGGGUAUCGGUGAUGUUCGAAUUAUCAUCUCCAGCUCUGAAAGCAAUAGUGGACAGCGUCGUCCACAUUUCGUCAGUGGAGAAGACUCUCAGAAUGUCAAGUCUGACACGCUGAUGGUAGAAAAUGCACACACUGCUUCUUCCGACUCGGGUUCCAGCAGCAGUGCAACAGUUGUUGGCGGCAGUUAUCUGAUGCUGGCAUCAGAUGAGGCUGGCCUGAGACGUCUCAGCGAGUCGGAAAACAGUGUCACUGACAAAGACUCCAUAUCUAGAAGUAAUAGCCCAUACAUUUUUAGUCAUGACGAGGCCGCAGCCAAACAGAUGACCUCCAACAGUUGCCAGACGACAGAUACUGACUUUAUCAUGGCUGCUGCUGUCGCUGCUAGUCACCAGGUGAACGUAAAUACACAGACAAUCAGUAACAGGACUGCCCUGCAUGUACACAUCAAGGGGUCAGGGGUUAGCGACCACACAGCUGACAACAAGAAGAGGGAGUAUGCAUGUCUAGAGCAGAGUCCUAAAGUGCAGUUGUCUACACUUCCACCAACUAUCAGUCACUUGGAACUUAUGCGCAGAUUACAACAUUCCCAGAAUGACUUGUCACGCAUGGGCAGUGUACAGUCUGACAGCAGUGGGUUUGGUGAUGCAGAUCCGGUCAUGGAGUCAGCAGCCGUGGAGUCAGACAAUGUGAAGCAACUGACCAGUCUCGGGUCCAGCAAUGAGAGCUGUAGGACACAGGCCAGUAGUUCUGUUACAGCUGUUCCCUCCAAGCAAAAUAGGGAGGAGAUAGCCACGCAGACCUCCCUGGACUCCAGCCAGGUGAAGACUUCCAGAGAUGUGACCGUUGAAGUCAGACCAGGCUUUGAUUAUGUCAAGGAAAGCCCAAAACUGGAUGAUCAAAGCAGUCGUUACGUGACUAUGUGUUAUAUUCCCACCGUGAGCUCCAAGUUUGGGCACUCGCAUGAACUGCGACACAGGGGCGGCGCUGCGUCUGGUGAUGAGGAUCAUAAUGAAGAUAAUUCUGCCCCCGCAUCCCGAGCCAGGUCAGGGAGUGAGCCUCGACAUACUGUCUUGCUUCACAGAGAUGACCAUGACUAUGCUAGGCCUCGAUUGAACACCACUCCUAGGUCAGAGUUCAUUACUUCUGGUAGCACAGCUCACCUCUACAGUCAUGGAUAUGAUGGUCAGGAAUUUCAUCAAAGUAUAUAUGAAACACCAGGAUUGAGAAAUCAUGGCCAGAGAUUUCACCAGAGUGUAAGCCAGUAUGACAAACCAAGUUUGAGAUAUGACGGUCUGCAUGAAGGUGGUAGAUUUUCACACAGAGACGGACAUGAUAACAACACAGAGUACAUCAGUAAACAGGGGUAUAUACAAAAGCAGUCUGGUAGCUCCAGUUGGUAUUCAAGGUCUCCAGGUGAACGUCUUGAGAGAGAUACCAGCAGGUCUGCAAGGAAGUACACAUCACAGAUAGACUUGUACGCUAAUGAGGGCGGCUUUAGCAGAAAGCAGGUGCUGCCUGCCAACUCACCAGUGCCUAGUCCCCGCCGACAUUCAGAUGAAGGAAUCUUAGAGAGCAGAAACACCACACCCUUGUCUGUAGAGCUGGCUCUGGCAAGGAGUUCUGGAACCAAAGCAGCACUGCCCCCACACUCUCCAUACACCGGUACGAAACCAGUCAUAACAGCAGCCUCAUUCAACACAACAGCACCAUCACUAAAUAACAGCAGUAAAUUCGCUAGCAGGAUUAGCGGCUCGGAUAUCCAUGACAGCAUUGCCGUGGAAACACCAGCUCACUAUAAGACAGACGCAGGCUUUCACUACCCUCCGUUGGCAGGCAAUAUCAGCGGUCUGCAGCCGGGUUUCCGACCACCUGCCGGCACGAGAGGCCAAACCUUUCAUUCCACCACCAGGCAACGGUCAUGUGACAUUCUUGACGAUGACGAAGACAAAUUAACUGAGUCGAUGCAUUCCAGGUUGUCAGAUGACCUGGACUUCUGCUCGCAGGUGCCAGAAAACAUCUCUGACAUUUCCAUGCAGUCUUUGCCGGAAGGGGGCACAAAAUCGGGACUACUAGAUGCACAAAAGUUAGCCAGGCUCAUCAGCCAACCAGUGCACUUCAUG